UUUUUUUUUUUUUUAGUCUUUGCUAAUUCUCAUCUUUUUUUUUAAUAUAUAUAUUACAUAAAAAGGGACCAUGUCAAGCCCUAGCUCAAGCACAAAGGAAGAAGCAACUGUGGAAACGAGAGAGGCAACACGUUCUCCUUCGCCCUUAAAAAAAACCGUGAUAGAAACCCGAAGAGCAGAACAAAACCGAGCCGCGCAAAGAGCUUUUCGUCAACGCAAAGAACGCUAUGUCAAGGAAUUGGAAGCCAAAGUGAAUUCCAUGGCUGACUGGCCUACACGUAUGGAGCAACUGGAGAAUGAAAAUGAAGGCUUAAAAAGAAAGAUUCAUGAGUUGAUAGCAAAACAGGAUGAAACCAACAAGAAAAUGUUCAUAUUGGAUUCUUCGUCAAACAAAUUAGCACAUCCUUCCACUACACUUCCCCCUCUCGCAUCAUCAUCAUCUUCAGCUUUAGCUUCAGCAGCAACACAGUCAACAUCAAUAGCCGUAGCAACACCAACUGAAAAAAAAUCAACUAGUCCACCUGCAAAAGUCGCGGGUGAAAAAGGCAGAGUUUUAGAUGACCUCGUAUCCAUCUUAAGGACUCGUAACAGACCUCCUAUACCAUCUCAUCAUCCACCAUCAAACUAAAUAAUAAAAAAAGAAAAAGAAAAAAACAAUCAAAUUUUCUUACUCGUGACUAAUCGUAUGUAUAUAUCACUGGC